AUGCGCCGCGCCGUCAACUCCAAUGACAUUGACCAGCUCCGCUCCCUCCUUAGGGACACAGAUGCGCUGAUCAGCGAGCCGCACGACGAGACCUAUAAAGAAUCAGUCAAGAGAUGGUCUGCCGCUGCUGAGAAGGCAGCUGGUGUAGCUGUUGUACCUACAGGUGCCUCACAAAUCUCAACCAUCCUUCGAUACGCCGCAGCCAACAAAAUUGACCUAGCUGUGCGGGGUGGUGGCCAUUCCACGUCGGGGUCUAGCAGCACCGACGGCGGUCUGCUCAUCGACCUUCGCGCCAUCCGCCAUGUGCAGGUCGAUGCAGCCAAUAUAAGCGUUAAAGUUGGUGGUGGCGCCACUUGGGCCGACGUGGAUUCAGAGACAGUGAAGUACGGGUUUGCCGCCCUUGGUGGCACGAUAUCUGACACCGGUGUCGGUGGCUUGACUCUGGGGGGUGGGUAUGGCUGGCUUUCUGGGGCACACGGCCUCGUCAUUGACAACCUUUUGAGUGCCACAGUGGUGCUUCCUAGUGGUGGCAUCGUACGGGCUUCCGAAAAUGAGAAUCAAAACCUAUUCUGGGGUCUACGCGGUGCUGGCCACAACUUUGGUGUUGUGGUCGAGUUUGAGUUCAAGCUACAUCCCCAAGGCAACCUCUGGACUGGCACUCUCGCAUUUCCACCUUCUCCGCCAGUUGUGCACAAGCUUGUCGAGGCAAUAAAUGACCUGUAUCGCCCGAGGACCCCGGAAGGGAGGACCAAAUAUGCCGGCCGCGCAGCCAGCGUCAUCAAUAUUCUUCGUCCAUCCGACGCUGGUGGCAAGGUCGCCCUGGCUGCCGCAAUCAUGUUCAACGGCACUGAAGAAGAAGGCAGGCAGGCUUUCAAGAUGUUCUAUGAUAUUGGGCCUGUCAUGGAAUCCGUCAGCUCGGUGCCUUACGACAUCGCGAAUCAGACCCUGUCGGCUCCUCCCGGUUUUCGAGUCAGUAUGAAGGGAGCCGCCUGGGCUCUGCCACUUGAAACUGGUCUCCUGCAGGAACUCAUCGACUCGUAUACCCUUUUCACCGAGUCAAUUCCGGAUAUGGAAAGCAGUAUGAUCUUACUCGAGUGCUAUGAUCCUUACGUCGUUGCGACUGGCGCUACAAACAGCGACAUGAGCUUUGCAAAUCGGGGAUGGCAUAUGAACGCAAGCAUCCAGCCUUCCUGGACCAAACAAGAAUUCGACACCGAAGGGAGAAAGUGGGCCAGGGAUACUACUGCCCUGUUUGACAAGUGGUUUGAAAAGACUGGGAGACCUAGCAGAUCCGGCGACUAUGGCGCCGUAUUGGCAUAUGGCAACUAUGAUCACUACGACCAAAAGAAUUCCCGAGAUAUCUUUGGUCAGAACUAUACGCGGCUACAGGAGCUCAAGGCUAAGUAUGACCCAGAUGAUAUGUUCAACAAGUUAUUCGCCGUCCAGAGAAAGGAGUGA